AUGGGAAAAAAGAGCAAGCCGAGUAUUGGCGAACGUAUUAUUAAUGCCCUUACGUGGUGGCGUUCUCCUAAAGAGAAAGAAUCUGAUUUACCAAAUCCAAUUAACAAAAAUACCAGUCCUCCUUCAUCAUCUAGCAGAAAUACAGAUACUGUAUCAUCGUCAUCUCUGAAGUUUUCAUUGUCGAAAUCUUGUAAAGAUAAUAUAGAACAGUCUCCCCAUGGUGUCAGUGCACAUGGGAGUAUCACUGGUGAUACUACUGUUCAGUCCUUUACACAGUAUAUAGAUCCCACGCAGUUACUAUCAGCAUCCUCUCCAGUUAUUGGCGCUACACCUCCAGAUCAAACUGAAUUCUUUUCAUUCCUUGAUGAUGUUAUCGCAGGCAAACAUAAUGAACUUCUUAAAGAUAUGAAUCAGCGAGCUACACCAGCUCUUAGUAAUAAUGGUAGUCAUCUCGUGGAAAGUAAUAACACUCCUGACCCUCAGACUCCCUCUGGAAAGGUAACUCUUCAACAACAAGAAGAACAAGAACCUUUAAAUGAAGAAAGUAAAAAACGUGAGACGAGUCAAAAUCAAUGGGUUCCAACGAAGCCACCAAAGGGACUUUGUUCUUCUGCUGCACGUACUUUAAUGAAUUAUGAACUCAUGGCAUAUUUGGGAAGAGGAACUUUUGCAGAAGUUACUUUAGCCCGUCAUAAAGAUACUCAUAAACUUUUUGCGUUAAAAAAGAUUUCAAAGAAAAAAGUUCGAGAAGAAGGUUGUGUUCAACGUACCUUUACAGAAAGACAGUUACUAGCAUCUCUUAGACAUCCUUUCCUUGUAAGCCUUCAUCAGGCAUUUCAGAGUCGUACACACUUGUACCUUGUAUUGGACUUUGCUCAAGGUGGUGAUUUUUAUUUCUUUUUAGAGAAAAAACCAUGGGUACGGGAAAUGAAACACAGAUUACAUAAAUUACGUAGAAGAAGCUCAUUUGCAGAGUUAACAAGCUUAAAAGCUAGUAGUUUACGUGGUGAAAAACCAAAAACUGGUAGACUAACUCGUUCAGCAUCACUUACUCAACUACAUGAGAUUUCAUUUAUUCCACGAGUUCGUGAUGACAGUCGUACACCAAUUCGUCUAAUUGCAUUCUAUGCAGUUGAAGUUGCUUUAGUUCUACAAUACUUACAUGAACAAGGUUUUAUCUACAGAGAUCUUAAACCUGAAAAUAUUUUAUUGAUGCGCAGUGGACACUUGGUAUUAACUGAUUUUGGAGUAGCAAAGUACCGUGGUGUGGGAAAUAAACCAUCAAAACAGGGAAAUGAUCGUAAAAAUAGUUUUACGGGUACAACACAAUAUAUGAGUCCAGAAAUGUUAUUGGGUCAACCACACGAUAGUCGAAUUGACUGGUGGAGUUUCGGUUGUUUAUUAUUUGAAAUGACAACUGGUCGUCGACCUUUCGCAGGUGAAAAUCAAUAUGCAGUUGUGCAAUCCAUUGUGGAACGUGAUGUUUGUAUACUUCCUGAAGAUUUUCUCCUCACAGGACUUGAAGUGGAUACACGAGUAAUGCAAUUACACAGACGUCAUCGAUCUUAUCAACGGGCAGUACUGCAGGAUAUGACUCAACGUGCAUAUAAUAACACUAUAGGGGAUGAAAAUGGUUUACAAUUCUGUGGUUCGUUAACAGGUACGGCAAUGUCUACAGGGGAACCUCCAAAUCUCUUCCAAGGAACUACUCCAGAUCUUAAUAAUUUUUCUUCCUUACGUAAUGAAUCCCUAUUAGGUGGAAAUGAAUCCUUUGCAAGUGCUGGUGCUGAAACAGUUAUUCCUUCUUCUUCUAUGACUCUGGAGGAAAAUUCACAAUAUCUUCGUUAUGCUGUACGAGAGUUGGAAGAAGCAUCUAUGUUACUACGUGAUUUGAUAUUAUUAUUACUUGAACGUCGUCCGGAACGUCGUCUGGGUGGAGUUUCCGUAUUGGAACACCCAUUCUUUACCUGUUCAUAUGUUACAUCACAGUUGUACUACAAAGCUCCUCGUUUUUCUAUGGAAGAAAAAUCGAGUAAUUUGACAGCUAAUACAGGUGGAAAAAAUACUAUGAAUUUUGGAACACCACAGAAUAAAAUGACAAGUGAAGGAUGUUCUUAUGCAUUAAAACAGAUGAAAUCCAUCUCACCUCUAACAAUGUCUGUUGGAAUUCCAGGCAAUGAUGAAAAAGAUGAUGAUAUGGAUGAUAAGGGUAAUGAUUGUUCUUGGGUUUCUCAGGUGUUACAAAAACAUCUUAGUGCUGAAUUUUUUCUAAGUUUGUCUCCAUAUGAACGACCAGAAAAUUGGCGUGAUCUUUUUUUGAAAAAAAGAAUUAAACCACUUUUUACUCCUCGAUUAUUAGCGACAGAUGAUUUAUGUUACUUUCCUGCCGCAGUGACUGCAACUGGGGAUAGUAUAGUGGUACAACAACGAACAUUACGUGAACAAACACGUCGAAGGCAUGAAAGUCUUUCACAUAGUUUUGAAUAUGGAAAUAAUUCUUCAUGUGCUCUUCCAGUGUCUACUCGUUCUGCUAAUACGAGUAGAAAUAUGGAUAACUCUGUUUAUGAGGAUACAGAUAUAUUACAGGCUUCGUUAUCAUCACUCACAACGAGUGACGAAGAAUAUGAAGAACCAUUACAACCUUCUGUACCAAGAAAACCAUCACAUCUACCAUCCUUUUUAGAAAAGGAAAAUACAUCUCUAACUCAACAUCAAAAGGGUGAAACUGAUAAUAUCCCCUUUAAUGAGUUAGAAAUGCGAAAACAAGAUUCUGCUGAUCCUACAAUUCCAACUAAUUCUUUCGUUUCUUCAAUGCCAUUUGUAUCAUCAACAUCCGGAUCUCUAGCAUAUCCUAUGAGUAGUACAAUGCAAUAUGAUGAAACAAAGUAUAAAAACGAUACAGGAAAAGUAGAGGGUAAAGAUUCUAAUCGUAUGGUAUCAACAUCAACAUCAUUAUUACCUUUACGAGAAAGGGAGGUUGAAAUUGCACGACCAUCCACUUCAGGAAUAACCAUAAAUAAAGGUGAAACAAUAGAAACUAAAAAUGUACCCAUUACAUCUUUGGCUGGCUCUAUUCAAAAAGAAAAUGCAGAUCAGUGUAUUGAUAAAAUGUCAAUAAAGACAAAUAUUCCUAUGGAACAUGUGACUUCAGAAACUUUCUUAUUAUCAACAUCAGAUACUGGUGUUCUUAAAAAAAGUAAUCUUUAUUGCUUUGAAGAAAGGGGAAGAUUAUCUUCAUCUUCUUUAUUUUCUCAAAGUACAACAGAUGAUGAUGAAGGAAUUCUAUAUAUGGCCCCAGAUUCUGGGGAAAAAUUACCGGACACAUUAUGUGGCAUUGCAUAUGAUGUGGAUGAUUACCUUCCUAAUUAUUCUAAGAGAAGUGCUGGUGUACUACAAAGCAGUACAGGUAUACCAUCAAGAAAAAUGAGUAAAAAGACUAGAGGUGAUGACCUGUUAGUGGGAAAGGAAGAAGUUUCUGAAGCACCAAUAGCAAAGAAAAUCGUGGCAUCAGACUUUUGUGAUACCACAGAGAAUAAGAAAGAAAUAUCAGAUAAUCAUCGCGAUGAGAAACUUGAUCAAGGAAGGACAUGUACUUCUUUACGAUUCUCAACGACACCAGAUUUAAGAGGUCCUGCAAGCGUACAGCGUGGUGGUGGUGGUGGUGGCAGUGCUGCCGCUAACUGCUUUACUACUAUGGAUACACGACGAAUAUCCAAUCUCUCGUUAUUUUCUCCACGCUUUACAUUUUGUGCAUCACCAAAUUCACCGGGUGAAGGAACUAGUGACAGUGCUGGUACUCGGGAAGUGAACGCCUCACAGGAUUCUGUGAUAACUUUUGGGGUCUCUCCUCGAACAGGGGACUUGGAUGAGCGUGCAUCCUCACAAUUUUUUGAUAAUUCAUCACUACUUGGUACUGGUGGUGCACAACAUUAUUUGGGAUUUACGUUUGAUGCGCGCAACGGUCAUGCAUUGUUGCUUGGGGGUAUAGGGAAUAGCAGUAGUGACACUGGUGCUUUUUCUGAUUUGACCUGA